AUGUCUAUCAUCCAGCAAGUAUCCAACGCCACUCUCUCCGACAAUUGGCGCACCAUCAACAUCGACGCUCUUGAUCCCGAUUCCUCCACCAACUUCGAUAUCUCCACUCUCUCCGCCCAGUUUCCCCCUGUCUCCGAUGCCGAUAUCCGUAAUCUAGCUCAGCAGGUACGCCAAUUGCUUCGAGGAGGAGAUGCAGAGGGUGCUCUUCGGGGCGCGCUUGAAAAUGCUCCAUAUGGAAGUAGUGAUUCCGUGAAGGAGGUGCAUUUGGGUACUGUGAUGGAAGUUUUGCAGAGUAUCAAAGCGAGCGAGAUGACGCCAUUGUUGAAGAGAGUUAUGGCUAGUGAGGGGGGUGGAGAUGCGUUGGAUUGUUUGAUGAAAUAUUUAUAUAAGGGAAUGGAAUCCAAGGCAAAUGCAAGCUCGAGUAAACUUACACCUCAAAGUACUGGUGGCUUCUCACAAAUUGGAGGUGGAAGACCAGGAGCACAGAAUGAAAGUAGCGGUUCUUCAAUGAGUGUGUUGCUCAGUUGGCAUGAGAAGGUUGUGGAUGUUGCGGGACUAGGAUGUGUAGGAAGAUGCAUGACUGAUUGGAGAAAAGUAUAA